GCGCGGGGCAGGGCUCAGCCCCACCGGAGCCGCGGGCAGAGCUGUGCCGAGCCCGAGCCCACCCGUGCCCGCAGCCCACCCGUGCCAUGCCCCGGGGCGGUGGCGGCUGCUCCCGGCGGGGCGGCGGCGGUGAAGGGGGCCAGCAGCUCCCCCGGCACCGGCCAUGAGCCCCCGGGCAGCGGGCAGCGCCUGAGAGGCGGCCCCGCCAUGAGGCCCCCCACGGCUCUGGACCUGCCCCAAGGCGGGCGCCUGGCGGCCCUGCUGCUGGCGGCGCUGGCGUGGGUGCCCGGCGGGGCGCACGCCUGCCCCGCGCUCUGCACCUGCUACGUCUCGCCGCCCACCGUCAGCUGCCAGGCCAACAACUUCUCCUCGGUGCCCGCGGGGCUCCCGCCCGGCGCCCGCCGCCUCUUCCUGCAGAACAACGUCAUCGGGGCGCUGCGGGCUGGCACCUUCGGGCCCAGCACCGUCACCCUCUGGCUCUACUCCAACAACAUCUCCUCCAUCCAGCCGGGCACCUUCCGCCACCUGCCCGCCCUGGAGGAGCUCGACCUGGGUGACAACCCCCACCUCCGCGUCCUGGCCCCCGACACCUUCCAUGGCCUCCGGCGCCUCCAGGCCCUGCACCUCUACCGGUGUCAGCUGGCCAGUCUGCCCAGCGCCAUCUUCCGCGGCCUCCACAGCCUCCAGUACCUCUACCUGCAGGAGAACGGGCUGCUCUACCUCCAGGACGACCUCUUUGCCGACCUGGCCAACCUGAGCCACCUCUUCCUACACGGGAACCGUGUGCGGGCGCUAUCGGAGGGCGUCUUCCGAGGGCUGCCCAGCCUGGACCGCCUGCUGCUGCACGCCAACCGCCUGGUUGCCAUCCACCGCCGCGCCUUCCGGGGCCUGGCCCGCCUCACCAUCCUCUACCUGUUCAACAACAGCCUGGCAGCGCUGCCUGGGGACCCGCUGGCCGCCCUGCCCGCCCUCCAGUUCCUGCGCCUCAACGCCAACCCCUGGGCCUGCGACUGCCGCGCUCGCCCGCUCUGGGCCUGGUUCCGUCGCACCCGUGUCUCCAGCUCCCCCGUCACCUGCGCCAGCCCCCCGCACCGCCGCGGCACUGACCUGCGGCACCUCCGCCCCCGCGACUUCGACGCCUGCCCCGAGGAGGAGGAGGAAGAGGAGGAGGAAGCUGGCGAUGGCGGUGGUGGGGUGGCGGUAAUGGGUACCCCCGGCCGGGCGCUGGGCCGCCCCGGCACCCUCCCGGCCGCGCCGCCCUCCGCCUUCUACCGUGAUGGCCUGCCCCCCCACGACUUGCGGGGACCCCAGCCCCGGCCACCCCCCCCUUCCCGUGACUCCCAUGGCCCCCCCAGGGAUGUCCGCUGCCCCCAGGCACCCUGUGCCCCCACAGCUGCCACUGCCCCCCGCCAGCCCCCCAUCCUCCUGCCCCUCCUGAGUCUGCUCUUGCCCUGGCUCUGAGCCAUCCCCCCCGGCAUCCCAGGGGGGUCCUGGCUCCUCAGGGUGCCUGUGACCUCCUUCUCCCCGGGGGGGCCCUAGAACUGUGGGGGGUGGCUGUGGGGGGGAGGGGAUGCGCAGGAUGCAGGGGGUCCCCCCCCAUCCUGAGUGGGAAAAACCCGCAACAGGAACCAAAAGGUGGGAAAUUAUUUAUUAAAAAUCGUCUUAUUUUGGGAGAGCGGGGCCUGGCUCCUGCGGGGGGGGCACGGCGGGGCACUGCCUUUCCAGGUCACUGCCUGCUCCUCCUGAAAUAUUGAUGGCACUGCUGCUGCGCCCGGGCGGCUGGAGGACAGCAAGGCAUGCACAGCUCCCUGCAGGGAUGGGGGGGUUGGAGAGACACCCCCCACAGUGCUGCACCCCCAAGUCGUGGGCUCUGCACGCACAAGCCCCUGUGCAUUGCGCACCCACUGCCAUGUGGCACCCGCCACUGCAGGGCCUGGUGACGUGCCCACUGUCGCCCUGCACCCUUCACAGGGUGCUGGCACUGCAGGCAGGAGUAACAGGAGCCACGGGGCACAGUGCACCCCCACCGUUACCUGCACGGCCUGACCCACUUCCCAGCAGCCACCACCCACACCACUGGGCUGUGGGAGGGCGUCACCACUGCAGGUGCCCUUCACCCAGGGUCGGGGUGCCCCUGUGCUGGUGUAGCUCUCUGGGUGUCCAUGCAUGUGUGUCCCUUGUCCUCUCUGACCAUCCCUGUGGGUGCAGGGGCAUGUCUGUGCCUGUCCGGGCUGUCCCUGCUCAGGCACCCCCCUCAUCCCUCCCGUGUGGGUGUCCCUGCCUGGUCCCCCUGUGUGCCCCCAACCGGGGCUGGGUGUUUCCCAGCCCUCCAGGGUGUCCCUGCAUGCCUGUCUCUUUCCAGCUGCUCCAGGGCUGUGUCCCUCUGCGGGGUCCCCCCCCGGCCAUCCCCCCACUGGCCAGCAGACAGGCAGGGGCAAGGGAUUACAAGGGGCUCAGCCCGGCUCUGCCUAAUCCUGGGGAUUACAUGGGCUGGGCCUGCCUGGGGUGGGGGGGCCACCCCCAGGCGUGCC